GUGUAAGUCCUCAGUGCAGUACAUACACUUUUGUGUUUUUUUUUUACGACACUAUGACUUCGAAAAAAAACGUUAACGAGGAUCUCGCUAAUGAAAGACUGAAAUGCAAUUUCAAUAUUAACGAAGUAACGUACAUAUUAGACGGCGGUAAAGAGAAAACUUUGCAACGAAAGAAAAUUGAGGACGUGGCACUGAACGGGGGCGCCAGUGAGGAUGAUAUUCCUGAAGAGUAUCUUAGUCAGAGGGAGAGAUAUGAGAACGCGAUAAGGAAAUCUUGUAUCUAUACAAAAAUAGUCAAAAAUGAAGUACUCGAAAUCACAGGCAUUGAAAAUUAUGGAUCACCAGUAUUACGACGGACUGCAGAUGCAUUUUUUAAGGAUAUAUCACCAUUUAUGUUACAUCUUGGCAUGUUUGUGCCAAGCAUUAUUGGCCAAUGUACUGCUGAACAGCAGGCAACAUGGCUGCCGAAAGCGUUGGAUAUGAAGAUAAUUGGUGCAUACGUACAGACUGAACUUGGUCAUGGUACUUUCAUCCGUGGUUUAGAGACAACAGCAACUUAUGAUCCUGAGACUGAAGAAUUUGUUCUUCACAGUCCCACAAUUACUUCUUAUAAAUGGUGGGCUGGAGGGCUCGGAAGAACUGCUAAUCAUUGCACUGUAGUGGCUCAACUGUAUACCCAAGGUAAAUGCUAUGGAACUCACUUAUUUAUUGUACAAAUCAGAGACUUAGAAACGCACAUGCCUCUCCCCGGUAUAAAAGUUGGUGAAAUAGGGCCCAGAAUGGGAUUUAAUACUGCUGACAAUGGCUUCCUAGGAUUUGAUCAUUUUCGGAUACCUAGGAUGAAUAUGAUGAUGAAGAAUGCCCAAGUGUUGAAGGACGGCACAUACGUGAAAGUAGAAAGACAUGGGAAAUUAACGUAUGGAACUAUGGUUUUUGUGAGGGUGACAUUAGUAGGCGAAGCAUCCUUUAACCUUGCCAAAGCUGUGACAAUCGCAGUACGGUAUUCUGCUGUGAGAAGACAGUCUGAACUGAGACCAGGGUCUGCCGAGCCACAAAUUCUUGACUAUCCGACCCAGCAACAUAAGCUGUUUAUUUGCAUAGCUACAGCGCACGCUUUUCAACUCACGGCCUCAUGGCUCUGGAAUACCUUUGCUGCUGUCCAGGCUAAAAUGAAUGAAGGAAAUGUCGAUACAUUACCCGAGCUCCACGCACUAUCAAGUUGUCUUAAAGCAGUGAGCUCUUCAGAUGCAACAGCUUAUAUCGAGCAGUGUCGUUUCGCGUGCGGCGGCCACGGUUACAUGUUAUCCUCUAAUUUGCCGCUUUUGUACGCCUUUGUAGCUGCUACAAGAACCUACGAGGGUGACUACACCGUACUGUUACUGCAAACUGCUAGGUUUUUAGUGAAAGCGUGGGAGCAAGCUGAAACUGGCAAAGCUGUGACCCCUACAGUUGAAUAUCUUAAUCGUCAUUUUACUAUAAAAGAGAAAACAAUCUGGGAUAAUACUCCAGAGGGUGUCAUUAGGUCAUUUGAGUCUGUGGCUGCAGGGAAAAUAUCGUUGUGUGUACAAAGUAUACGUAAUCGAAUUAAAUCUGGUAUGGAUUAUGAAGAGGCUUGGUUAAUGACGACUGUUCAACUUGUCAAUGCUGCUGAGGCACAUUGCCGUUCUGUGCUUUUAAAAAUAUACUGGAAUGAAAUGGCCAGGCUGACUAAAAAUUCAAGUGAUAAUGUAAAGUUGGUUCUAAAUCAGUUGGCUACACUGUACUUAACAUACUGGGCGUUGGAAAGGACUGGGGAUCUCUUACGGUAUUCAACGAUUAGUGAAAACGACAUUGAUUCGCUUCAACGACAAUAUGAGGAACUGUUGGCUAAAAUACGGCCUAACGCCGUGGGGCUUGUCGACGCCUUCGAUUUAAGAGAUGAGAUCUUACAUUCAUCUCUUGGCUCGUACGACGGUCGUGUGUAUGAGAGGUUGAUGGAAGAAGUCCAAAAGAACCCUCUGAACAAAGAACCAGUUGAUCCAAGCUUUCACAAGUACUUGAAACCAUUAAUGCAGUCUAAAAUAUGAUUGUAAUGUAGCAUAAAAAAAUUUAUAAGCCGCGUAUGCGUACGCAAGUAUGAACUUAUAAAUAAUGGUUAGUAAUUUGAAAAGUAAAUAGUAAAAUGAUUACCAUCUAUCAGUUACUACUAUAAAGUAAAUGAAAAACUCCCUGAAAAGUGUUCGUUAUCUACUCAUUUUGUUAUGAUCUCGGUUUGGGUAAAUUUAACUCGAUCUUUCGCCCUUUCGGACUUUGAACAAACAAAGUUUUGUUAACGUUUAUCAAAUAACAAACACAUUCACAAAAAAAAAAAACAAUAAAGUGAAAUUGCUUAAAACUAAUCGAACAAUUGGGUGAUUAAUGCUGGUUAAUUUUGAAUAUAUUUUAAAUCUUGUGUGAGCGUACGUGGUUUAAUAUUGUUUAGAUUAAGUGAGGUAGUUUAAGAUGAUGUAAAUAAAGUAUUUUUAUUUUAUGGGGGACCUAAAUUA